GCUGGUUGUAUUUUGGGGAAACAGCGCCGCUCUGUGGUCACAAACGGUCUAACUGUUAGUGUUUGAGUGAAUUUGUUUAAAAAUGCGGCGCAGUGCGCGGCGGGUCACUGUUGCUAACUGACAGUAUUUAUUGCAGUUUGCGGGACAGGAAGCCGUUGCGGUGCUGCCAGCCAGCAGCAGCGUUCACUGCCUCAGACAGAACCCGUCCGGACUCCAGUCCGGGACUCCAUGUUGUCUCCCAGAGCUUUAGCAGCGGGCGUCUCUCUCAUCACCGUGGCCGAACACACGAGCUCCGUGGCGGGAAGCCGGGCACCGCAGGGCUCCGGCUGCCCGAGCGGGAGGCGCCUGCAGCGGCUGGUCGGAGUCUCCGGCUGCGGGCCGAACCGGGUCAACGACCUGCUGCUGCUGCGGCCCGAACCAGACGAAGAGAGCAGCUCCGGAACCAAGGAGAGCAGCAGACACAUUGUUUUCUUCCACGGAGACAUCCAGAACUUCAAGGAGGAGAUGUCCCUGCAGCCGGAGGCGUCUCAGUUUCUAUCCUGGAGUCUGGAGCAGGUGGCUCUGGUUCUGGCCCAGCGGUUCCCCAACAGGAACAUCUGGGUGGUCAAAGCCUCCCGCAUGUACCUCAACAAGUUCAGCUGCUACCAGAACUUCGUGGAGAGCAACAUGUUCGGUGCGCCGGAGCACAGCGGCUACAGCGCCGACGGCGGAGGUUUUCACCAGCUCAGGUCGCUGCUGACCAACGCCAUGGAGCGGGCCAAGCUGCCACCUGCAGGGGGCGCCGGCGGCCUGCCGCCCGGGUUCUCCCUGACCCUGGUGGGCUUCAGUAAGGGCUGCGUGGUUCUCAACCAGCUGGUGUACGAGCUGCCCGGGGCGCGCGCCGACCCCAACAUGGCCGCCUUCGUGCAGCGGAUUUCGGACAUGUUCUGGCUGGACGGGGGCCACCCGGGCGGCAGCCGCACCUGGGUGACGGACCGCGAGGCGCUGAGGGAGCUGGCGGCCAGCGGCGUGUCCGUGCACGCGCACGUGACCCCCUACGAGGUGCGCGACCCCAUACGGGCCUGGGUGGGCCGCGAGUACGGCGUGUUCAUCCAGACCCUGGAGGAGCUGGGCGCCUGCCCCAGCAGGAAGCUGCACUUCCAGGACGAGCCGCCGUCCAUCCAGAACCACUUCCGGGUCAUCCUGGAGUUCUGAGUUCUGCUUCCUGUUUUGGUCUUAGAACUUUAUGAACGUGAGGGAAACAUGUUUACAUUUAUGUUUAUUUAAUGUUUAAUCUAAUUAUAUAUGAUGUAGCAUUCAGAGUAAGGAGGCCCAGAAAUGACAAAAUUAAACAUUAAUUUAAAUAAAUAAAUACUUGAUGUAAUGAAACAUUAUAAAUGGUUUCAGUUUGACUUCAGGAACAGGAAACAUAAGUAAACACAAUUCAUUUUAUGCAUUGGCUAUUAUAAGUUUGCAUCUAAAUUAUUGAUUUUCAUAUUUAAUAGUCUUAAAUAAAUGCACAUGUAUCUUUCUAAUGAGCUAAUAUGUGGUUUUGUCUCUUCUGGCCUUCCGUACCGGAGGUAAACAGCCUCUUUCAUUCCUUCAGUCUGAACCCAGGCUUUAUUUUUCUUCCUUUGAUGAAGUGAAAUAUGGCGGUUCUGGUUCUGAUAGAAAGCUCCAGAACUUGACCCGACCCGUUAGAACCUAUAGGCAGAACUGUGAGCCUCAGAACCGAUCCAACACAGGAAACAGACCGGAUCAGAAGGUCCGGGCCGAUCAUUUUGGGUUUUUAAUUACUCUUCAGAACUGACUGUGAGGUUCUGAUUCGGUUCUGAUGGGCAUCACUGGGAGUGUGGAGAGGAGGUCCAGUACCAGUUUGGAUCGGGUCAGCCAACCUGUUAGCCACUGGACGGAGGAGGAAAACCAGCCCACAGCAUGAUGCUGCCACUACUGCCUCCAAAACAAAACUAUCCCAGUUUAUCUCUACCAUGGAGUCAAAUAUCUCAGCAUCCAACCAAACAUCCAUCCAGUUCUGGUUUCAGCAGCUGAAAUUAAAACAGUUCCAUAAUCAAUAAAAUAUAAAUGAUUGGCCUCCAGGAUGGAUGAAGCACCUCCCCUCUUUAUCACCUCCUCUUCUUCCUCAGUUAGCAGUGCGGCUAACAGGAACUGAGCAGCUGCUUUUCCAGAUGUUUCUGCUGAAUGUAACUUCUGAUGCAUUCCUUGCUGUAGUGCUGCUGGUGGCCAGCAGGGGGGCGCCACUGGGACAGACACGCCACGCUGAUUGUGUUUUCUACAACUUUA